AGACCACUUCGUCCUCGUCCUUUAUCGAGCUAUUGUUCACCACGAGCUGAGCUCAACUCUCUUCAAUGGCGACUUUCCUUCUUCUCUCUCCUCCAUCUUUCACCUGUAACAGGAUGAGCGAAAUCUGUCUUUCCGUGCAGUCAUUGCAGCUGCAAAAGGGCAUCACAUGCUCUUCAGUUUGCCUCCAGAAACAGAAAUGUGAUAUUAAGCUUUAUGCUGUACCUGUUAGAGCCUUUUCUUGUUGCUUUGCAUCAACACCUUCUGCCUCUAGUAGAGCUGAUUCAGGGCGUCAGAGGAAACAUAUUCCUUCUGCCUUCACUGCUCCAAAUGGAUAUCAAAGGAACAGAAUGACUGAAUUUGAAGUUCAGUUGGAAGAAUUAUUCAAUGAAGUCAGAAUGAUGACAAUGAGCGGGAGGAAGAAUGAUGCUGUAGAGCUACUUCAAGCUAAUUAUGAAGCUGUAAAAGAACAGAUGGAAUCAGGUGCUAUUGGCAUUGAACAAGCUGCUGUUCUUGACAUCGUGGCUUUGGGGUAUAUAACUGUUGGAGACUUGAAGUUUGUUGCUUCUGUAUUGGAUAUAUUGAACAAGGUUGUUGACAGUCUGAAGGACAGUGAACCCUUUCUGGAUUCAGUGCUUCUGCAUAUGGGGAGCAUGUACUCAACUUUAAAGAAGUUUGAGAAAUCAAUAUCUGCGUACAAGAGGUCUAUUGAUAUCAUAGAGAAGAAAAAUGGAGAAGACAGUAGCUUUCUUAUCACUCCAAUUUUAGGGAUGGCUAAAGUUUUUGGUACCAUUGGAAGAACUGGAAAGGCAGUAGAGUUUUACCAUCGUGCAAUUUCACUUCUGGAAUCAAGCAGAGGUUUUGAGAACGAGGAUUUGGUUAUACCUUUGUCUGGUCUGGGCAAUCUUAUGCUCAAAGAAGGAAAAGGCAAGGAUGCAGAAACUUGUUUUGCUAGGAUUGUGAAUAUAUAUAAAAAGUUAUAUGGUGAGAAAGAUGGAAAAGUCGGAAUGGCUAUGUAUUCUCUGGCUAAUGCAAAAUGUGCAAGAGGGGAAGCAGAUGAAGCUGUUACCUUAUAUAGAAGAGCUUUGCAGAUUAUCAAGGAUUCAAAUGAUAUGGCUUUAGAUGCCAGUGUAAUGGAGAAGAUGAGGAUUGAUUUGGCAGAACUAUUGCAUGUUGUAGGAAGAGGGAAUGAAGGCAGAGAACUUCUAGAAGAAUGUUUAUUGAUCAAUGAAAGGUUGAAAGGAAAAGAGCAUCCCAGCUCAGUGAAGCACCUUGUAAACCUUGCAGCUUCUUAUUCACGGUCAAAGAAUUAUGCAGAGGCUGAGCGUUUGUUGCGAAUUGGAUUGGACAUUAUGAUAAAGGCAGUGGGACCUGAUGAUCAAUCAAUUACAGUCCCAAUGUUGAAUCUUGCCGUCACUCUCUACAAUCUAAAACGAGACGAUGAUGCCGAGCAACUUGCGCUGGAAGUCUUGCGAAUACGGGAAAAUGCUUUUGGAAAAGAUUCUCUUCCGGUUGGUGAGGCUCUAGACUGUUUGGUUUCCAUUCAGAGCAGGCUAGGGAAGGAUGAAAAUGAGCUACUGAAGUUGCUGGAGAGAAUUCUAAUAAUUCAGGAGAGAGAGUUCGGGCAUGAUGGUAAAGAGGUCAUUGACACCCUCAAGAAAAUAGUGUUCUACAUGGAAAAACUAGGAAUGAAAGAUGAGAAAUUUCUACUUCAAAAACGACUGUCCAUGCUGCGGAUGAAAUUCAAGAACCAGAUGCAAUACUAAAGGCUAUGACCACGCAAAAUAAGUUUAACUAGAAGAGGUAGGCCUGCUAGAGGCUAGCCAGCGCUAGGGUCACUGGAACAACCAGUCUAGAGCCAAGCAGGUGGCCGGGCUAGGGACCCACCAGUGGUCCAACCAACAUUGACUCAUUGCAGUAUCCAGACUAAAUUUGCCUCUUUGACACAGCAGGCAAGGGCAACAUUCACUGCCGUCCUGAUGGAGAGAUGCAAACGUUGUUCCAGGCAAGGGCAAUCACCAACCGAAAAUGGCCUAUUUGAACCAAAGUCAACAAAACAUGUGAGAGUAAAGUGAAACACUUACGAGAUUUCAAUUACAACCCAAACUUUUGAUGGGUCAUUAGCAGAUCUCAUAAAGGCAGAGACUUGGCUGUUGUUCAUAGACAGAAACAAUUUUUGGUCAUAUGAAAUGUCUCGAGCGUCAGAAACUGCAAGUGUGUUGUUAUUGUGUGAUGGAUGAUGCCAAGAUAUGGUGGGAAUCCGUCGAGAGGUCGAUCGAACCGAACGUCGGGUGACUCGGUCACAGUUUAAGGAAGCCUUCUAUUAGCAGCGGUAGUAACAUGUAACAAUUGCAAAAAAAGAAAUAAAUCAAUUAUACUUGGAGCCUGGAAUAUUAUCGGUUGAUUGGUCGUUAGUCAACUAUUAGUCUAAGGACCUUUUAGGACUAUUUCAAAAGUUACUGAUCAAAUUUUAUAAUUUUUUAAAUUUAGAGACUA